AUGAUAAGAGUGAUGGUCUUGACUGGACGCCAAAUGCAAGGACGUCCAAUUGAAAAUGACCUUAACAAAAAAUGUAUUUCUACAAGGGUAUCAGUGAAUGCAUUGAUUGGUGACCGAGGCCUAUGCCAUGGUUUAUGUGAUCUUAAAGUUCCGAAACUUUUAAUCGACCGAUCCACAGGAUUAUACAAUUGGCCCGGAUGGGCCUUGACUUUUGAUACGGAUGAAAACAGUUCAUUUCACUCGAGUUCACCCGAUAAUAGUGACUUCGGCACGGAUAGCGCCGACAGCGGACCCAUCGGGGUAGCAUGCAAUCGCCCACGUAUAACGGGUUUUACGUCUUUUACUGAGACAUCUAGUGAAUCCUCGAGUGAAGCUUCGAGUAAAUCAAAAACUAGCAGACUGGACGUUUUUAUUAAUGGCCGCGGCGGAGACUACUGGGAUCGACGUAUGCGUAAACGGUUCGAUUUGUACAUGCGCACAUCGUUCAAUGAACGACGUAUUCGUGGAGCCAUUCGCGAGGCAAGGCGCAAGGUGCGUCUCCAAUAUGACAGUGAACGUCGUUCGAUGGAGCCGCUCUUCGACGCGGAAGCGAAGCGCGCAGAAGCGUUGGCUGCUGAGCGUGUGCGUUCCAAAGUGAGACACCAAAACGAAACACUUCGAGUCAAUAAUUAUCCCGCACCAAGGGGAAAAUCAAUUGAACAUUAUUUGUAUCGGUAUAAACAGCUUAAUCACAAAUUAAAAUCACAGUUGGAGUGUUCGUGGACAAGGUAUUACGGCAAAAAGUUAAUUCCUACAAAUAUAAAUAAAUCGGAGCACCGAAACGAUAUAUCGUUGAAAUGUUGGGUAUCACCAGUUCCCUGGAUUCAUCAAACCGGAAUAAAGUGA